CUACAACCCACCGAUGGCCAGUCACAGAGGUGGUAUUUGGGAACGCAUCAUUAGGUCUGUUAGGCGGAUCCUGUUAUCUGUCGCAGGGCAGCAGACGUUGGAUGACGAGACACUGAACACUCUCCUUAUUGAAGCGGAGCGCAUCGUCAACAGUAGACCACUUGUACCGCUAACUUCGGACCCCAACGACCGCGAGGCACUUACACCUAACGAUUUGCUGAUAUUGCGAUCCAACGCAACGCAUAUAUUAACGGCCCUGCCUGAAGAAUAUAACCGCUGUUGGCGACAGGUGAAUUACCUAACUGCGUUGUUCUGGAAAAGAUGGGUCAGAGAGUAUUUGCCGUUGUUGCAAUCGAGACAAAAGUGGUUACACAGCAGUCGAAAUUUUAGACCAGGUGACGUGGUUUUGGUCUCUUCUGAAGCGAGCUCGCGUGGAACAUGGCCAUUGGGAGUUAUUGAGAGCUGCACUGAUUCUGGAGAUGGGCUCGUCAGGACGGCUGUUGUCAGAACAAAGGAAGGGUUGUACAAAAGAGACGUGCGUAAGCUCUGUUUGUUAGAAGGAAGUGACACGGGUGGGAAUGUAGUUCCGGCUGUUGGCUCUCCGCAGGUGGGAGGCGGGUCUUCGGAUCUGCUGCUCCAGGGAGGACCACUGUGAGUCCAACAGCCGAAGUGGGAGGGAUCAGGCGUACCGUUGUAAGUCCUGUGACCUCCCAUAGCGGAUGGAGUUGGCGUAGGGCGAUCCAGAACAGAACGUGUCGUCCUCAACCACUGGAAAAUCCGGGACAGAUUUUCGCGGGGGAGUGUAACGUCCAUUUUGUCAACAGCCAUCACCCUUCGCCUGGACCCACAUUAUUGCCCUAAUUCCCCUUGAAUUCACUCUGUUUGAACGUUCCACGUAUACCGCCCUGCAUGACCCUUAGUCGUUUGUUUUCCAUGCCCACCUUACAUUGGUGACACCACCUGUCUCGCUACUUUCUUUGAUGCAUGCUCCACUUUAUCGAUCACUGCUUCGCACUUG